AUGCUUUUAGUGUCGAAGGCUGACAGUGGAAUUUAUAAAUUAUCAUGUGGAUCUUGUCCAUACGAGUUCCCUAUUGACGGAAUAGAGGUGUAUGACCGUAAGAAUUUGCCCAGGAAGGAAGUGGACGAUGUUUUGGGUGGUGAAGGUGCAUGGGAUAAUGUGGACCAAACCGGAGCGCAGUGUCCGAACCACGACCAGUGUGGUGGUGAUAAGGCGUACUUUUUCCAACUUCAAAUCAGAUCUGCCGAUGAACCUAUGACUACUUUCUACAAGUGUGUGAAUUGUGGCCAUAAAUGGAGGGAAAACUGA